AUGCUCCACGACCAAUUCUUCUUUCGAACAACUCUUCAUACCACUUGCUACUAUGUGUUGAACCAUGACAUUUUCAUCAUUUCCUUCAAACCCCUUGCCAUGAAAACGGGCCCGUAUCACCCAAAACAGCCUGCAUAUAACAAUUCAAACCAGUUGAAAUUAACAGCAAAAACCAAUUCCAGAACUUCUGUAACAGAAAAACAAAAAGGAGAGUUCAAAAUUAAAUCAGAAAAGAGAGGGGAAGAGGCUGCUUGGUCUGAAUCUCAAUGGAUUUCUCAUCGUAAAUUCAUAUUCUUGAUUAUUUCAGCCUUGUUUUCUACGAAGAAAAAGAAUGUGCGAGGAUUCUUUAGAUAUAGGAAGAAUCAGGAAGAGUUGAAAGAAAAGAAUGAGAGAUUCGAAAAGGUGAGGAGGAACCUCUGUGGCCGCCGUCGAAGGCGUGGCGGCGCGGUGUCACUAAGUCUGAACGAAGCAUUUGAGAGGGAAGAAGUUUUUCGUUUUGAAAGUAGCUUGGGCUACGCUUGGGUCGUCGCUGCUACUCUUGCUUAA